CUCCCUCCCUCUCUCUCUCCCUACCUCCCUCCAGUCUCUUCGCCUCUCUUCGGCCCUCCUCCUCCUCCUCCCAUAGCCCAAAGAUUUGAGGUUUUGACAUGGCGGACAAUGAAAAAGGUCAAGAGGAAACUUCAUCUCGUGGAGCUGACUGGGAAGUUGUGUCCCUCACAGCAUCUGCCUAUGCUGCUGCACCUGGACCGAACGAGUUUGACCCUACCGAUGAAAGUAAAGAGAAGGAGAGCAUAACUAAUCAUGAUACUUCUGCUGCACUAUUCAUGUCUGGUCACUUUAUAUUUCCACCCAGUGAACAUGAGAAUCUUCCAAUAGAACCCGCCAUAAGUGAAAUCAAUAGUGAACCAGACGGACAUGAUGUAAGCUCUGAAGUUUUUUAUGAUGAUAAUUUACUUGAUAAUUUGGGUAAACAGAAGUUGCAGACUGAAUCUGAUGAUGACUUGCAUGGAAUUGAGUUUUUUGACAAAGAAAAUAUUGGAUUUCAAGAGGGCAUAGGAUUCCAAGGGCUAAAUUCUGUUGGAAAGGGGCAGGGUAAGUUUGCUGAUUCUCAGUCUGUUGCUUUUCAAUCUGGAGCACAUGAAAGUGGCACCAAGUUUGAGACUGAAGGAACUUCAAAUACGAAUACUGGUACUUCUCAAGAGCAUGCAAGACCAAAUGAAGACAAGUCUGAUGGAUCUGAUCUUCCAAGUCAGUCUUGGUGGAAAAGGCAUGCUGCAUCCAUGUACGACCGUGCGAAGGAGGCCAAUACAUUUUGGUCUGUCGUAGUAGCUGCUGCUUUUGUGGGACUUGUAAUUCUGGGGCAGCAAUGGCAGCGAGACAAAUUGCAGCUUCAUAAAACUAAAUGGAGGUUUAGCAUCAACGAUGAGAGGAUGAUCAGGAUGCUGGGACCUGUCGGCCGGUUCAAACAUGUUCUGGUUGGUAGCCACCACCCUAGCAAGCUGGCGCAUGGAGUUGGUGCCGCCUCCAGCAUUUGAAUUGAUGACGACGCCUGGUUGUGUUUCCUGCCAGCAUCUUGCACCCACUUUCCAGGAAGUUCCAAGUUGACGGUAUUACCUUAUUCUGGUUAUUUUUCUUUUUGAUUGAAUGGAUUUGUUUAAUAUGCUGUGUAUUUACGGUGUAUGUGGUUCUAAAUUCUAUACUUUAUUCAGUUCAUAUUCCUGAGCCCAAUUUCACUCUAAAUUUGUA